CAACUCGGCUUCGUCUUCUUCCCCCCACUAGGGAGCGCCGACCUCGCCGCCUCCGCCUCCGCCUCCGCCUCCCCUCGCACACGGGCUCCCUCCUCCUCCUCGCAGCGCCACCCGCGAAACCCUACCCACCGCCCCCGCUCCACCGAGAGAGAGAGAGGCCUUCGUCGUCGUAUUCGGCGGCGCCGAUCGAGAUGUCGUCGGCGUUCGGGUACCAGAAGGGCGGCGAUCUCGAGGCGGGGUCCUCCGGCGCCGCGGGGCAGCAUCGGGCGCUCUACCCGGGGAUGCAGGAGAGCCCCGCGCUGCGCUGGGCGCUCAUCCGCAAGAUCUACGUCAUCCUCUCGCUGCAGCUGCUCCUCACGGCCGCCGUCGCCUCGGUCGUCGUCAAGGUCCGCGCCAUCCCGCACUUCUUCACCACCACGAACGCCGGCCUCGGGCUCUACAUCUUCCUCAUCAUCCUCCCCUUCAUCGUGCUGUGCCCGCUCUACUACUACCACGAGAAGCACCCGGUCAACCUGAUUCUGCUCGGCUUCUUCACCGUUGCCAUCAGCUUCGCUGUGGGCAUGACAUGUGCCUUCACCAGUGGCAAGGUCAUUCUGGAGUCUGCAAUUCUGACAACAGUGGUUGUGGUUAGCCUGACUGCUUACACUUUCUGGGCUGUGAGGAGGGGCAAAGACUUCAGCUUCCUGGGUCCUUUCCUGUUUGCCUCCCUGAUAGUGCUGCUUGUGUUCGCACUCAUCCAGAUCCUGUUCCCGCUGGGCAAGCUCUCACAGAUGAUCUAUGGCGGGCUGGCCUCCCUCAUCUUCAGUGGGUACAUCGUCUACGACACUGACAACAUCAUCAAGCGCUACACCUACGACCAGUACGUCUGGGCCGCCGUCUCCCUGUACCUGGACGUCAUCAACCUCUUCCUGUCCCUGAUGACCCUCUUCAGGGCAGCCGACUAGGCGCACCUUGCUUGUCAUUGAUGCUUCGGUUCUCCUGUGAAUACCCCGUACGUUGGUCCAGAAAUGCUCACCGGUCAAUCCCCUUGCCCAGAAUUCCGGUUCCGAGAAUUGUAUAGCUGCGUUACUGAACUACUAGUAUGGUCUUCGUCGUUGCUGAGUUGUGUCGGUAUCAUCUACGUAGAGAUCACAGAUAAAUUGUACCGUGAAUCUGUGCGUGGAGACGUGGUGCUGGAUUUGGGUUGCUUAUGACAUGGUGGUUGGUUAACCCCGAAUGAGUAUGGCGGGCUGCCUGCUUUAUGGUCUU